UCUGCAGACUCUUGUUUGUCUUUGUGCUGGUCUGUGCAGCUGUCAUGUCGUUCAUCAUGUGUUCAGAUGCUGCGAGAGCCAGCCCCAUAACGACCCAAGUGGACAACAGAGUGACGCACAAAGUCCUGAGACGACUGUACGCUCCACACAAUCAGCAACAUCCCCUCUUUACCAGUAUGUCAUCAACAAAAACUGGACUCCGAACUGAAACUGCUAUUGAAACUGAGACGGGCGGGAAUUACGGAGCAGUUUCGUCAAUCAUUGACCAUCAAUCAAACCCUGUACAGCUUACAGGAGCUAGUUACAGUCAAAACAGCCCAGAUAACAAACAGGCCAGAGCGGGAACUUCUAGUUUGCAGGGUGGAGCGAGGCCAGCAAGCAGCUACCACCCUUUCCCUGGAAACUCCUAUAAUCCAUCCCCAACCAUCAUUAGAAAAUCAUCUCAUACAGAAGCUGCCAGUCCCUUUCAUCACAGCUCAAGUCCUUCACGAGUCUGGUACGCCGAAGAUGCUCAGAAAUCCUACAUCAAAGAAAAACCUCCCACAAAUGGCUCCCCUCUUUUUUCAGCCCUGGCUGGUAGAAACUGGAGCACUCCGCUGCCAACUUCAAGAGGGCAUUACGGCGGCUAUAAAGAGACAAACGAGCUCGCUGUGGUCGGGGCGCGGAGUCCAUCUAGUGGGAUUCAAUCAAGCAAAUUUCUCGGCUUCGUGAGUCAAACUGCCCCUCAUGCGCCAUCAAUCAGCCACAGCUUAGACGCCUCUGUUAUUAAAAGCAUCCCAAGCCCAGAAAAAGUGACAUCAUCCAUCACGGAUUUCUCCCAGGGGUUACACCCGUGGAGUAGCGGUGAGACGCCGAGACACAAAAAGGUCCAGUCGUAUCUGUUCAAGGACUCCAAGGCCGCUUUUGGUGGACGUGAGACAGCUCAUACAGUCACUGGUGAUGGACAUGAGCAAAGGGCCUCCGAUGCACAAGUUCACGGCAGCUUUUCUUCAAAUGUUAAACAGUCACAAAGAAAAGACCCAACCGAAGAGGUACAGCAUCUCUCUAGCUAUGCAAAUCAACCGUAUCAUCAUGCUAACAUGGCCCAGUACAGUGCUCGGACAGAUAGUUUUACCAAAUACCAACAAGUCUCUGCACAUCCUGCUCCAAUAAAAGGCAACACGAUGCCAAGUUUUGCCCCUAUACCUCAGGAAGAUACUCCUAGCAGCGAGAAAUCUGUAGCAAGUAACGUCACGAACACAACCACAAGAAGAACAAUGCAUCCUUACAAACCUGCACAAACUGUAAAAAGGAUCUAUGGCUUCAGAGGAUUUGACAGACCCACAUGGAGAGCUGUGAAGGAGCCGCCUCUUCCCCGCUCCAACUCUCAACGAUACAGCUUCGACAAAGGAAAAGACCAUAAAAUCACAAGUCUAUACCCUUCCUGGUCACCGAGGUAUAGCUUCGGCCAGAGAGAAGCAUCUACUACACUUCUAAAACCUUCUCAUGGCAUUUUAGAUAUCACCCAAACCAAGACUUCUCAAAGGUUCACAUCAGGAUUCAAGGAAGCUCGACCUGUGCUACCUGAAAGCGAUGACAGCAUGGACCAGAAACCAGAUCGCAGGCAGUACAGAGUCUCUAAAAGAAUAUAUGGUCUCAAAGGAUUUGACACUCGGCCACUUGAGGGAGCCAAAACUCCAGUUACAGAGCCUGACAAGUCUUCAAGAGUACAGCAGGGUUUGAAACUCAGAAGCCCACAGAUCUGGCAACCACAGCAAAGCAGCCAUGUGUCCACACUGAGCCAAACUGAAGACCUUAAGCCACUUUUAAAGCCGGCAGAAGGCACCAGAUUUACACCUGAGAAAUACAAGCAGAGACGUAAAAUCUACACCUUUCAGGGAUUUGAGCCGAUUCAAGACAGAAUAGCACACGGACAAAAUCCAGCUACAGCAUCCCCAAGGGUCUCCUCAUCUUAUCUCAGAUCAGCAGGGAAACUCAACACUGAAUCAGAGGACAAACCCAAACCUGUUGCAAUGAAGAUGAGCCCGUUCAACAGCUCCACCAGCAGCACCGUGAGAGGCAGACGUGUGCAUGGAAACGGUAAAAAGCUCACUCAUACUACUCCUCCUGCCAGUGACGGUGGAAACGCAGCCAUCGUCAGGCUGCCCAAGAGGCCUGCCAGGAUCAUAGCUUUAACGUACGCUGAUAUUCUCGGAAGUGCCUCGUUCAGUGGCGUCGUAGCUCAGACAUCAGUCACACCGGCUGGUAAGGAUUAUCAUCAAAACGGUACAACAACCAGGCAAGACGAAGAGGAAGAACGCUGGAUCUUAAACUCUGAGGAUGCUGUGGUUAGUGGAGGCAACACGAGCAGAGGGCUUGAAGCUGAAGAUGAAGCGGAGGUAGAUUUAAGUGCUGCUGAGGAAAACAAGUCGGCUGUUAGAAGCAAAGAAGUCGACAUGAAAACAUCUGAUUUGUUCCUGGAUGAUGAAGGAAGUGGAAGUGGGGGUUUUAAUGUGUCUGAUUUUUUCUCAGCUGAUACUAAAAAGAGUCAGAGGCUGAGUGAGGAUCUGUUAGAGCUAGAUUAUCUACACCUGUCAACCGGGAACAUCUCCUUUAAUUCUGUAACUGUCCCAUACUGAGAAAUGAGAGAAACUUGUCAUGUGGUUGUUUCAAUCUCAAUAAAAGCUGGAAAAGGUACUUGUGAAUUUUGUUUCUCAGCAAACAAUGGCUGUGAAGAAAUCUUAAACAAGCUUAGCACAACAUUUAGAGCAUAAAUAUAGCAGCAAACAGCUAAGAUACA